AUGCACUCUGGACCCAGGAAAGUUCCAGAUAGAAAGUGCAAGUUAAGCGCAUAUUUAGUUCCACGGCUGGUUCAGAAUAGAGAAUGUUCAAAAUGUUACAGGUAUACUGAUGUAGAGUAUACAACAGAAUAUGGGAAAAAGUGUGAUCAGCAUCAUACACCUAAAUGUGAGGUCAUCUACAAAGAACAUUGUGAUUAUACUGAGAAACAUCAAUGUAGAACACAUUAUAAAGAGGUCUGUAAAGAAGGUUACGGGAAUGAAAGAUCUGGAAAAGAGCAUUGUGAAAAGAUCCCUUUAAAAGAGUGUGAAACGAUUCAAGUUCCAAACUGCAGGGAAGUGCCUGAAGAGGUGUGUAGUGGUGAGCAUACAGAAGAAUCGUGUCAUGAAGUUCCUAUCCAGAAACCAAGGAGGGUGUCCAAACAGAAAUGUGUCUGGCCUGAAAUAUUAAACAGAGACGAUGAGAGAUGUUGAAAAUCAAUUAAUUUAUAAAAUAUGAAAAUUUUAGAAUAAAAAUCUGUUACGCUAAACUUGAAUUUAACAAUGGAGAAUUGCACAACGUAACAUAUUGUGCUCUGAACUCUGAAAUUUGCAGUAUAUAUAAAUAAUUGUAGUGUAAUAAAAUGUAAUUGUAAAAUGUAAAUAAACAUUUCCCUAAUUUCAA